UGGUAGUCUGGAGUGUGCGCGCGCAGGCUUUCCCGGCAGCUCGUUCACUGGCUCGCUCGGGGUUGGCUGCAGCAGGACUCGGGCUGGUGGCUAGGGCCUCGAGAGCGCCUUCAUUUUUAUUCCCUCCUCCUCCUGGCGUUUGAGUUCCCCGGUUCCCUCCCGUCGGCCGCCGUUUGUGUGGUUGUUUUUUUUUUAAACAACUUUAUUGUUCCCUCCCGGCUCACUGCCUCCGCCCCCUGCGCUGUGCGCGUCCUCAGGAUGCACUGAGGCUGCAGGGAGGCGGUGGCGGUGGGUCCCUGUCCCGGGUGCCCAGUCCCUCUCCCUCUCCUCCGAGUUCCCAGCCCGGGGAGGGGGGAGUCACGAUGUCCGGCAGUCGCCAGGCUGGGCCCGGCGCUGCCGGGGCUGGUCCCGGCUCCUCCGCGGCCUCCUCAGUCACUUCCGCCUCGUCGUCGUCGUCCUCGUCGUCGUCGUCGCCGUCGCCCCCGUCCCUAACUGCUGUGGUGGCCGCGGCGGGGUCCAGCGGGGCCGCCGGCUCUGGGGGUAUCGGGGCCGCCGUGCGGCCUUUGCUAGUGGCCGCCGCCGGGUCGGGCUCGAGCGGCGGGAGUGGUGGCGGGGCGCUGGCUGCGGGCCUCUCCCGGCUCGGGGGUUCGACCAGGCCCGGGAGCGCUGUGAACGGCGGCAGCGGCAGCGGCGGAGCUGGCAGCUCGGGAAGCGGUAGCAGGAAGCGGCCUCUGCUCACCCCACUCUGCAAUGGGCUCAUCAACUCGUACGAGGACAAAAGCAACGACUUCGUUUGCCCCAUCUGUUUUGACAUGAUUGAAGAAGCAUACAUGACGAAAUGUGGCCACAGUUUCUGCUAUAAAUGUAUCCAUCAGAGCCUGGAAGACAAUAAUAGGUGUCCCAAGUGUAAUUAUGUUGUGGAUAACAUUGACCAUCUUUAUCCUAACUUCUUAGUGAAUGAACUCAUUCUCAAACAGAAGCAAAGAUUUGAGGAAAAGAGGUUCAAGUUGGACCAUUCAAAUGGUCACAGAUGGCAAAUAUUUCAAGAUUUAUUGGGAACUGAUCAAGAUAACCUUGAUUUACCCAAUGUCAACCUGAUGUUGGAACUACUUGUACAAAAGAAAAAGCAGCUGGAGGCAGAGUCACACGCUGCCCAACUACAGAUCCUUAUGGAAUUCCUCAAGGUUGCAAGGAGAAAUAAGAGAGAGCAACUGGAACAGAUUCAAAAGGAGCUAAGUGUUCUGGAGGAAGAUAUUAAACGAGUGGAGGAAAUGAGCGGUUUGUACUCUCCUGUCAGUGAGGAUAGUACAGUGCCUCAGUUUGAAGCUCCCUCUCCAUCACACAGUAGUAUUAUUGAUUCCACCGAAUAUAGUCAACCUCCAGGUUUCAGUGGCAGCUCUCAGACAAAGAAGCAGCCUUGGUACAAUAGCACAUUAGCAUCACGACGGAAACGCCUCACUGCUCAUUUUGAAGAUUUAGAGCAAUGCUACUUUUCUACAAGGAUGUCUCGUGUCGCAGAUGACAGUAGAACUGCAAGCCAGUUGGAUGAGUUUCAAGAGUGCCUUUCCAAGUUUACUCGAUACAAUUCAGUCCGACCCUUGGCUACGUUAUCUUAUGCUAGUGACCUCUAUAAUGGUUCAAGCAUAGUCUCCAGUAUUGAAUUUGACCGAGAUUGUGACUAUUUUGCCAUUGCCGGGGUAACGAAGAAGAUCAAAGUAUAUGAAUAUGGAACAGUCAUUCAGGAUGCAGUGGAUAUUCAUUACCCAGAAAAUGAAAUGACCUGCAAUUCCAAAAUCAGCUGUAUCAGCUGGAGUAGUUACCAUAAGAAUCUGUUAGCCAGCAGUGAUUAUGAAGGCACAGUCAUCUUAUGGGAUGGAUUCACAGGACAGAGGUCGAAGGUCUACCAGGAACAUGAGAAAAGAUGCUGGAGUGUUGACUUUAAUUUGAUGGACCCAAAACUUUUGGCUUCAGGUUCUGAUGAUGCAAAAGUGAAACUGUGGUCUACCAAUUUGGACAAUUCAGUGGCGAGUAUUGAGGCAAAGGCUAAUGUGUGUUGUGUCAAAUUCAGCCCUUCUUCUAGGUACCAUUUGGCUUUUGGCUGUGCAGAUCACUGUGUCCAUUACUAUGAUCUUCGCAACACUAAACAGCCGAUUAUGGUGUUCAAAGGACAUCGAAAAGCAGUUUCCUAUGCAAAAUUUGUGAGUGGAGAAGAAAUUGUUUCUGCGUCAACUGAUAGCCAGCUGAAGUUGUGGAAUGUAGGGAAACCACACUGUUUGCGUUCCUUCAAGGGCCAUAUCAAUGAAAAGAAUUUUGUUGGAUUGGCUUCCAAUGGAGACUACAUAGCUUGUGGAAGUGAAAAUAAUUCCCUCUACUUAUACUACAAAGGCCUUUCAAAGACAUUGCUGACUUUUAAGUUUGAUACAGUCAAAAGUGUCUUAGACAAGGACCGGAAAGAGGAUGACACAAAUGAAUUUGUUAGUGCUGUUUGUUGGAGGGCACUGCCAGAUGGGGAGUCCAAUGUGCUGAUUGCUGCUAACAGUCAGGGGACAAUUAAGGUGCUGGAACUGGUCUGAAGGAUCUUCUCUCAAUGAAGGAUUGACCUAAUCCUGCUGAAACACAUCUACAGUUCUACUUGAGAGAAAAAAAGGAAACCUUCAAAAGAUGUCCCUCCAGAAGCCAUCGUGGGUUUUUUUUGUUUUGUUUUGUUUUCGGUUUUUCCUCCCUCUUACCCCCUUUCCCCACAAUCCCUUUCUCCCUUCUACGGACUCUUUAGGACCUUUGAGACACUGGGAACAUCCAGUGAACUCUCCACCAUCAACAUAACUCCACGGACUUUGCUGCUGCUGCUGCUGGUGGUGUGGUUGUCUAAUUUUUAUGAUAGGGAAACAAAUUCUUUUAAAUAAAAACAAAUAACAAAAAAGGAAUAAAUGUUUAUUGAGCCACAGCUAAGCAGGGAAGUUUUCAUGUAUAGACAGAUAUGCUUUUUUAGGGAGAAAACUAUAUAAGAGCUGUAAAACUGGCAUCUAAGGAAUUUUUAGCUCAAGUAAUGGACAAGAGAGUUAUACAGAAUGAGCAGUUGGGAUAUGAAGUUCUUUAAUAGAUGUAACAAAAAAGGAGAAUGGGGGUUUCUUUCAUUAUUUGAAUGUUCACAAGAGAUAGGUUUAUUGGCAUUAUAGGACAAACUCCUGUCUGAAUUCUCUGACCAGAUAUAAUGUCAGUAAUCACAGCCCAGCUUGGCAUCAUACCUAGUCAGGGUUUUCAGAUCCUGACCUACCAAGAAGAUCCCAUAGGCUGAGUGAAAGCUUGUGUUCACAGACAGCUCAAUGCCUAGAUUCAUCUCAAGUCUACCUAAUGUCAAAUCCAGCUCAAUUUUGUGAAACACAGCUAUCAGAUUUGUCACAGUUCUCAGUCACAGCCCAAGCCAAAUUUGUACCAUGACUUAAAGGAGAAAGGUUUGAAAUCCUAUUACUCAAACUUCUAAGCCACGUAGUCUCUUGGGCAAUAUAGUUAAUUUUUAAAAUAGUUUUCAAAUUGUAAAAAAAAAAAAUGGAAUCUAGAAGUCAAGAAAAGAAAAAAGAAAAUACAAGACGGGACAUGGACUCAUCUAUUUUCACCAAAAGAUUACUCUUGGAGAAUUUUACCUUAUAAAUUUUAUAUGCCUAAGAAUGUCCUGAGGUUUGAUUUAGGUCAUAGCCCGACACAUAUAAAAUGAUAGAGUGAUAUAUUUGUCAUAAUUGUUUCUCCCCUUUCCCAAAUCAUUGAAGCUGUUAAUCCAUCCUAUCAAGAUAAUUCAAACCCCAUGGACUUUGAGGGUUGUGGGAACAAUAUGGUUGCUUCUGAUACCACUCUUACUGAGAAGAGACCCAUCAUCUUUCAAAACUGGUACCUUUCAGCUACCAAAGCUGACCCUGAAAAGAGUACUUCCAACAGGGUGUUUUGUCUCAAAGUAUAGAUUUAAAGGUUUUAGAAUCUCUGCCUAAGUUAUUAGUAGUCAUACAUGUUCAGGUCAUUAUGAAAACAAAGUAGGAGUUUGUUACUUUUGGUUAAACGUGAUAGAAAGAAGAGUAUUUAUCAUACCAACCUAUCCUAUAAGGCUUCUCUUUAGCAAUGAGAGAUUCAUAGAUGUUUUGAACAAGUGAAAAUCAUUUUAAGGAGAGGAGUUUAGCUUAAAGUUCAACUGCUUUGUUUUCCUUUGAAAAAAUACACACACACACACACACAUACAUACACAUACACAUUUAGAAAUACACAUGUAUACCUGUGUGUACAAAUGCAUAUAUUUUUGUAUAUGUACACAAUACAUACAUAUAUAAAUAUAUGUGGGAAAUAGUAUGUAUGCAUAUAAUUCCUUAAAGGUGAAUUGGUAUUAUACAUUGUCAGAAUAAUGGAGAAGCAGCUAGGCAAUUCAGUGGAUAGAUGCUGGGUCUAGAAUCAGGAAAUUUAGUCAUAUCUGACUCUAUGACCCCAUUUGGGGUUUUCUUGGCCAAGAUACUAGAGUGGCUUGCCAUUUCCUUUUCCAGUUCAUUUAAUAGAUGAGGAACUAAGGCAAACAGGAACCAAGAAGACCUGAGUUCAAAUCCCACCUCAGACACAUACUAGCUAUGUGACCCUGGGACAGUCAAAGCCUCUGCUUUGAUCCACUGAAGAAGGAAAUGGCAAAUCAAUACAGUAUCUUUACCAAGAAAACCCCAUGGAAAGUAUUGACACACUGUGGCCCAUGGGGUCACAAAGAGCUGGACACAACUGAAUGACUGAACAACAACAAAGAUAAUAGAAUCUUAUAGCAGAAGAGAAACUUAGAUACCUCAUUUUUCCAGAUGUGGAAAUUUUCUCAAGGAGAUGCUAUAGCUUCCUCAAGGUCACCCAGCAGCUUAGAAGCAGGACCAGUACUAGAACCUAGGUCUUCCAAUUCCUGAUUCACUGUUCUUUGCAUCUCAUGUGAAGCCUUCUUGGAUCCAUCAUAUUUAAAAAGGAAAACCAGGGGGUAGGUACCUUAUGAGUAGAGAUCCCACUUCAGAGUCAGGUUACUUUCACUGUUAUUGGCUGUAUAUCUUUGGGCAAGUCAUUGAACUUUCUAGUCAACAUUCUUAACUUCAGAACAGUUGCUGAUCUGCAGUGGUAAAGGGAGUUUCCUCACAAGGGAAGAAGUCAUACAUCUGGACUUGGGGAGAAGAGAGAAUUAAAGUUUUGGUAUUCAAAUGUGUAGUGUCUACUAUUAGAAUGUGCAUUCUUCCCAGAACUUGUACAAAGGUUCACACUUCAAUUUAGUCUUAAUUUUUAAGGAAAACUUUAAUGGGAACCAAAGGCAUUUUGUCCAAGAAGUCUACAAAUAAUUCAAGAACAGGGAAACUUAGAAGAUUUCUCUCACAGAUGACCAGUUAAAGAAUGUUCUCUAUUACCUUGAAAGUUUUCAAGAUUGUUACAAAAAAAAUGUGUUAAGAGCUUAUUGGUACAUCAUACUGUGUUUAUAAUUCAAUUUUGUACAAAGUUGGACAACCGUAUGCGAGGGAUACCUUAGAAAAGACUCCUGUUCAAGAUGGAGUUGGACAUAAUGAUUUAUAACUUCCAAGUUUUAUUUAAGAUUUACAAAGCUCUUCUUCAUAAGAACACUAUAAAGUCGGUGCCUCUUUUUUUAUAUAGAUGGAGACACUGUCUAAAAAAUGUCACUUCUCUAGAUUUCUCGGCUAUUUUUAAGUCCAUGUCAACUGAUUCAUUUCAUGUGGGUAUAGGUCAUCUGGAAAAUAUCUUCAAGGUCUUCCAUUUCAGCCCCCUCAUUACAAUAGAAGAGAAAACUGAGGCCCAUAGAGAAGAAAUGACAGUUUUGGCACUAGGUACUCUGAUUCUAAAGCUGUGUUCUUUCCAAUAUCCACUUUACUUUGUUGCCCAGUAUCAUACACAGGUAGUCUUUCUAUUGUACCAUGCUAUAAAGAUCACUUGACCACUUGCAGACCCUUUUUUUCUGAAUUAAGAUGAGCAAACUACAGCCCAGAGACUAAGACAGCCCAACCCGCCUAUUGUUUUUUGUACAGCCUUCCAGAUGAAUAAGAAUUAAAAAAAAAAGAAAAUCCCUAAACUAUAGGUCUGAUAUCACUAUUUUUAAUAUUUUAUUUUUUCUCCAGUUACCUGUAAAAAUAACUAUUAACAUUCUUUUUUUAAUUGUAAAUUUAAAAAAAUUUUAAAUUACAAAUUCAUCCCCUCUCUGAGACAGUUAGAAAUCUGAUAUAGAUUUUACAUUUUUCCAUGAGUCAAUUUGUGGAAGAGGCCUCAAAAAAAGAAAGUGAAAUAUAAUAUAUUUGGUCUGCAUUCAGACUCCAUCAGUUCUCCAAGAUUCCCUUGGAUCACUGUAUUGCUGAGAAUAAUGAGACCAUUCAUAGUUGUUCAUUGUAUGAUAUUGCUGUUACUGUGUGCGACGUUCUUCUGGUUCUCGCUUCACUUUGCAUCAGUUUAUGUAAGUCUUUCCAAGUUUUUUCAAAGUCUGAUAUGUCUAUUAAAAAACAUAGAAAAUGUAAAGUCAAAAGGAACAAAACCCAUUUUGGAACAGUAAAACAUACACAGUUCACAUUUUUGGCAUGGAGAAUAGCAAGGAAUGACCAUAUUUCUAUAUAUAAGAAGGAACCACGGGAAGAUAUCAAAUAGACUGAAAAAGUUUCUGGAAAAAGCUCUUAUUUUAGUCAUUUUUCGAAUGAUGUCUUUUGGGAGUUGGGGAAAUGGGGAGGAAUUAUUGAUGUCUUCAUUUCUAAUGUGUCACAGUGCUCAAAUUUCUUUCAGCUAAUAGCUUCUAUUUAACUAUGUGCAUGGUUUCCAUUACCCCAAUGCUGCCAUUAGAAUCUACCUCACAAUAAAUGAUGGCUUCAAAGAAUGUAAUUGA